GAGUGGCAGUGUGUGUCUAUUUCGCUCAUAACAAGAGAGAUUUUAUUUUGACAGUGAGAUUUGUGAAGAGUGCGCGAGAUGUCCAGUACACCACUCAAGUCUUGAUCUAAACCGAAAAGAGUGCAUCCAACCUCGAGAUCGUGUAAGAUCAGAAAUAUCGUAUCUCGGUAUCGGUGUUCAGGUUUCUGCGAUUGCAUGUGUCACACACUAAAAAGAGUGAAUCAACUCCAGUGCUCUCGACUGUUCACAGCACAUACGACGAUAUCUCUCCAUAAUCUAUUCUUUUUACGAGUGAAAUACGCGACAAAUUUGCAAUAGUGUGAGAUCCCCUAAUGCAAAACUGAAGUGCGUCGCACCGAUGUGCCUGGUCGCGUCAUACUUUUUCGGUGGUGUUCCUCUUUAAUUAAUUCGCGCGUGUGUGAUGCCCGGGAGUCGUGCCAGUACCGAUCCAGAGCAUAAGUCACCGCGAGAAAGUGGUGAAGAUUCUGAAGAUGAGAGCGAAAUCCUGGAAGAGAGUCCCUGCGGGCGGUGGCUCAAACGCCGGGAAGAGGUCUAUGUAGGUACAAAGCAUUCCCUAGGAGACGGCGCUAAUUUUGCAGUAUCAAAACUUGGUGAAAAUGAAACUUCUGAAAUGAAGGUCGAGCAACGGGACGUUCCGGGCAUAGAUUGUGCCUAUUUGGCAAUGGAUACCGAGGAGGGUGUGGAAGUUGUUUGGAAUGAGGUGCAAUUUUCCGAGCGAAAAAAUUUUAAAGCUCAAGAGGAAAAAAUACAACAGGUGUUUGAAAAUCUAACGCAGUUAGAACAUCCGAACAUUGUUAAGUUUCAUAGGUAUUGGACGGACACCCACAAUGAUAAGCCACGGGUGAUAUUCAUCACUGAAUAUAUGUCUUCUGGUUCGUUGAAGCAAUUUCUAAAACGAACAAAACGAAACGUUAAAAAGUUACCUCUACAAGCGUGGAAAAGGUGGUGCACGCAAAUUCUUUCUGCAUUAAGUUAUUUGCAUUCCUGUUCGCCGCCUAUAAUUCAUGGAAAUUUAACUUGCGAUACUAUUUUCAUUCAACACAAUGGACUAGUAAAAAUUGGUUCAGUUGCACCUGAUGCGAUUCACCAGCACGUGAAAACUUGUAGAGAAAACAUGAAGAAUAUACAUUUUGUAGCUCCCGAAUAUGGAAGUUCGUUAACACCGGCAAUAGAUAUUUAUUCAUUUGGAAUGUGUGCUUUGGAAAUGGCGGCGUUAGAAAUUCAAGGAAAUGGCGAGAGUGGAACGGUUGUCACUGACGAAAAUAUUAGGAAAACAAUAGAAUCAUUAGAUGAUGCUCAACAAAAGGACUUCAUUAGUAAAUGUCUUCAAUCGGAUCCACUCAGUAGACCGAGUGCCAGGGAAUUAUUGUUUCACCCUGUCUUAUUCGAAGUCCAUUCGCUCAAAUUACUUUCGGCACAUGCCCUCGUCAAUUCAGCCACGAAUAUUUCGGAAACUAUAACUGACGAAGUUUUGCAAAGGUUAUAUGGACCCGACACGAUAGUUGCUGAAUUACGAUUUAAGAAUCGGCCUCCCCAAGAGAUACGAUUCAGUGAUAUACCAGUUGCUGAGAAAUUAGAAAAAUUUGUUGAAGAUGUAAAAUAUGGGAUUUAUCCUUUGACUGCAUUUGCCGCGAAACUUCCGCCUCCCGCUCGUCCGAGAGCGAUUUCGCCUGAAGUUACGGAAUCUGUUAAAUCUGUAACUCCAGAACCGUACGACGAAGAAGCUCGUAGAGUAGUCAAUAUGAUGUGUAAUGUGAAACCGAAGGAAGACAGUAAUGAAUUAAAUAUGACCAUAUUACUUCGAAUGGAUGAUAAAAUGAAUCGACAAUUGACUUGUCCAGUGAGUCAAACGGACACUCCGAUGCUCCUCGCUCAGGAACUUGUACAUUUUGGUUUUAUAAACGAUAGUGACCGUGACAAAAUAGCGAAUUUAAUAGAAGAAGCGUUAAGAUGUUGUUUUAAUAAACAAAUGAUGACACCAGAAUUAUUGUCAUUAUCAAAUCUUCCUUCUCAAACGUUACUGUUACCGGGUCCAGAAUUUCCACGCUUACAAAAUGAUAAUGAUAAUACAAUUGCCGGAAAUGCAGUGACAUCAAGUAGUGAUAGUGUGUCUAGCAUCCCGCCAAAAACCUCAGGACAUUCAGAUUCAAUUAAUAAAAUGAAAAUUUACCAAGACGAAGGAGAACCGCCAACGAUUACUGAAACUGGCAGUUAACCAUCGAGGACAAUUGGUAAUUCAGUUCACUGUGCCACUCUGCACGCCCUUUGUAUAGACUGGCUAUGUAUUUUUAUAUUUAAGUAAAUUUAAAAAAUAGCGAGAGUGAGAGAGAGAGAGAGAGAGAGUAAGUGAGAGAGAAUGUGUGUGUGUGUAAAAAAAACGUAAGAAAUCGUUUCGACUGAAAGUAUAUAAAAAAAAGGAGAAGGUGGAGGGGUGCCGUGGCUGUAUUACAUUUUAAGCAUGUUUACAUGUAUGUUUCCUAUGCAAAAAAUAAGUGUGAAUACAUUGUUUUCAUUUUUCUAAACCGUCUAAAGAAAACAUGAACUUCCAAGUGUGAAUGAGCAAAAUCGAAGGGCUUGAAAAAAAACAACGAUUUCGAUUUAAGUUUAAUCUUAGGUAUCUAUUUAAUCAAGACGCAAAGAAAAAUAGAAUAAAAUAAUCUCGAAACGAU